AUGGGAAAGACGCAAAGAUGGGAAAGAAGCGAAGAUGGGAAAGACGCAGAGAUGGGAAAGAUGCAAAGACGGGAAAGACGCAAAUAUGGGGAAGACGAAUAUAUGGGGAAGACGAAAAUAUGGGGAGACGCGAAUAUGGGGAAGACGCAAAUAUGGGGAAGACGCAAAUAUGGGAAAGAGGCAAAUAUGGGAAAGACGCAAAUAUGGGAAAGACGCAAAUAUGGGAAAGACGCAAAUAUGGGAAAGACGCAAAUACGUAAAAAACGCAAAUAUGGCAAAAACGAAAAUAUGGCGAAAACGCAACUAUGGCAAAAAAGCAAAUAUGGCAAAAACGCAAAUAUGGCAAAAACGAAAAUAUGGCAAAAACGCAAAUAUGGCAAAAACGCAACUAUGGCAAAAACGCAACUAUGGCAAAAACGCAACUAUGGCAAAAACGCAACUAUGGCAAAGACACAACUAUGGCAAAAACGCAACUAUGGCAAAGACGCAACUAUGGCAGAAACGCAACUAUGGGAAAAACGCAACUAUGGGAAAAACGCAACUAUGGGGAAAAUGCAACUAUGGAAAAAACGCAAAUAUGUGAAAAACGCAAAUAUGGGAAAAACGCAAAUAUGGGAAAAACGAAAAAAUGGCAAAAACGCAAAUAUGGCAAAAACGCAAAUAUGGCAAAAGCGCAAAUAUGGCAAAAACGCAAAUAUGGCAAGAACGCAUAUAUGGGAAAAAAGCAAAUAUGGGAAAAAUGCAAAUAGGGGAAAAACGGAAAUAUUUGAAAAACGCAAAUAUGCGAAAAACGCAAAUUUGGCAAAAACGCAAAUAUGGCAAAACCGCAAAUAUGGCAAAAACGCAUAUAUGGUAAAAACGCACAUAUGGCAAAAAAGCAAAUAUGGCAAAACGCAAAUAUGGCAACCGCAAAUAUGGCAAAUCGUAAAUAUGGCAAAUCGCAAAUAUGGCAAAUCGAAAAUAUGGGAAAAACGCAAAGAUUGGAAAAACGCAAAGAUGGGAAAAACGCAAAUAUGGGAAAAACAUAUGGCAAAAACGCAAAUAUUGGAAUAA